AUGACUCUGGACAGCGUGGCAGCAGGUCCAUCAUGCUCUCCUGUUCUUUGUUUCCCCUCAGGGCCAGACGUGACGGAGGCCAACAGCUCUGACAGCCGCGGGGAACGCCUGGACUUCUUUCUCAAGCAGGAAGAGGCCGCCGGGCCCGACUCCAGCUUCAUGGGUCCCAACGAAUCAGAGGAGGCCGGGGGCGGGGCCGUGGCGUCGGUAGCCAAUCUAAAGGCGGCACUGAUGAGUAAGAACAGCCUGUUGUCACUGCGGGCGGAGAUGUUAGGAGAAGAUAACCCCCUGCUGUACGAGUACCUGCCCAAAGGAGCACACUCCCUGUCUUGGCUCCGCUCCAACCACUGCUGCAGCGCGCUCCGGCCAGGGGCCACGGGGCCAACCGUACAAUACAAACAGGGGACUGGCUCCUCUUCUCCUCCUCCUUCUCCUCCUCCUCCUACAACCUCUACUACGGCUCCUCCUGCCACUUCUUCUUCUUCCUUUUCUUCCUCUUUCUCUUCUUUGCUUCUCGCUCCCCUUCUUCCUCCUCCACCGUCACCUCCAUCGCCAUCUUCCUCCUCAUCAUCGUCAUCCACAACAUCGACAAACUGCCCAUCAAGUCCGCCCACAGUCAUGCCGACCGGGCCCCGGGGGGCCCCUGAGCUGAGGGGGCUGAGGGCCGGGGCCCCUGGGCUGGACGUGGAAGGGCUGGACAUGGAGGUGGAAGAGGCCCCCGAAGGCAUGGAGUCCUUCAGUUUACCUGAGGAAGACAUGAAGGAUAAAGAAGAAACCAAAGGAUACAGUACAGGCUUGGAAGACGAUCAGUCUCCUACGGAGAGGGAUCAGGUGGCUGGCCGGGGCAGUGCUGGCGGCUUGGCUGGGGUUGACCGCGUGCCCCCCUCCCAGGGAGGGGGCGGAGGGCUGGGGCUGCAGGCCAGAGGGCCAGGAUCAGCCGCUGAAGCCCUGUCAGAGCCGGGCCCCAGGCCUGCGCCCAGGUUAGCCUGCUCGCUGUGCAAGCGGCUGUUCAGCAGCCUGGAGCAUCUCCGGGAGCACGAGUACCGCCACGCCCUGUCUCUCAUGGCCAUGUCGCUGGACUGGCCUAACACGCAGGGCACGCACGGCCACGCCGGCCCCCCCGGCUGCCAGCUGCCCUCCUCUCUGCCCCAGCCUCUCUUACUCCACCACCACCACCGCCGCCACGACCACGACCACGACCACGACCACGACCACGAAAUCGACCAUCACCACCACCACCACCAGGCUCUCCGCCCACCCGGCGCGGCACAGCACCCGGCGACGCCCACCGCCACCGCCACCGCCCGCUACUUCUGCGCCCAGUGCCCCGCCAGCUUCACGCUCAAGUCCAACGCCGACCGCCACGAGAAGACCAUCCACUUCAAGAAGAAGCUGAUGCAGUGCAUGUACUGCCUGAAGCACUUCCGGGACCGCACCGACCUGCACCGCCAUCUGUCCUCGGUGCACUCCAAGGAGCGCGGACACACCUGCCCAGCCUGCGCCAAGGCUUUUAGCACCCAGAAGAACCUGGCCACGCACGUCAAGGUGUGCUGCCAGGUGGGGCUCAUGCCAGGACCCUUUCAGGACCAGCCGGGCUGGUUGAACGACUUCACGGUGAUCCGCAAGAAGUUCAAGUGCCCCUACUGCAGCUUCUCGGCCAUGCACCAGUGCAUCCUGAAGAGGCAUAUGCGCUCCCACACCGGGGAGAGACCCUACCCCUGUGAGAUCUGUGGCAAGAAGUUCACCAGGCGGGAGCACAUGAAACGACACACACUGGUCCACAGCAAGGACAAGAAGUACGUGUGCAAAGUCUGCAGCCGGGUGUUCAUGUCGGCCGCCAGCGUGGGCAUCAAGCACGGCUCCCGCCGCCACGGCGUCUGUGCCGACUGCUCCGGCAGGGGCAUGGCGGCGCUGCUGGACCACCGCCACCACCACCACCACCACCACCACGGGGGAGAGGAGGAGGAGGAGGCCGGCGCCGGGGACAUCUCCCCAGAGGAGGAGCUCUACCCCGGCGACCACCACCGCUUCCACGACGACCAGGCCAACGAGUGCGACGGCGACGGCGACGAGGAGAUGAUGGCGGAGGGCGAGAUGGAGGCGGAGAUGGAGGGCGAGAUGGCGGGGGAGGGCGAAGGGGAGGGCGAAGGGGAGGGGGAGGGGGAGGAGAUGGCGGCAGCGGCGGGGAGGGGCAAGUGGAAGGACUCGGGGACGGCGCGGCAGGCGGCAGAGGAGGACAAUGAGAAGGAGGAGAGCGACUCGUCUGCGCCGGAGGGCGAGACGCGCAACGGCAGCGAGAAGGACUUCGGUUGGAUCUCCUAGGGGCCUCUCCAGACGCCGCCGCCACUGAUUGGCCCCUUUCACCGACCGCAGUUGAAGUGAUCGCUGCUGCCGUGACCUCUUGAGGCCCAGAUCUCUGGCCUCUUUGUGGCCUCCUCAGGUCGGACAGCGGUCAGGGAAUGUGUAGAGCGAUGCGCAACGACCAUCUGAUACCGUUGUGGGUGACACAGUCAGGCACACACACACACACACACACACACACGCACCCACACACUCAGACACAGAGACACGUGCACACAUGUACUUACAUGCACUCGACACACACAGCAACACAACAUAGCAACCUUGAGCUAGGGAUGUGACGGCCAUAUUGGAAGGAGAGGGACUGACGAUGGCUUUCGGGACAGACUUCUCCUGCUUACCUCCUUAUCCUCUUCUGAUGCAGUGUUCCUUUUGUCUACUAUGGUUUCACUUUCCUUUUCCUCCGUGUUCCAAGGGGAUCAAGCCAGAGUACCAUAGUUUUGUACUCUACUGUUUGUGAGAAAUUUGGAAAUAUGUAAUAGACUCGUCCAAGGACCUGGCUGGACCACAGCUUUUUUUGCUGGUUUGCUGUCACAAUCACCAUGGAAACCAAGGAUUGGAAGACAAGACGUUGGUGCCGGUGGGCGUGCAGAGAGAGAGAGAGAGAGAGAGAGAGAGAGAGAGAGAGAGAGAGAGAGAGAGAGAGAGAGAGAGAGAGAGAGAGAGAGAGAGAGAGCAAGAGAGAGGAAGAGCGUCUGGAUGCUAUCAGCUUCCAACUUUUUCUUUCUGUUUUUCAGAUGGAACCAUGGGGUGGAGUGUGGGUGGGGUAUGCGGGGGGGGGUACUGGGUAGGGGAUGGGGGUGUCUGUUUAAGUUAAGGGACUCUACUUUUGAAUCUAUUGCAACGCUGCGUGCGUCAUGGCGAAAUGCCCGAUGCUACAUCUUCUUUCCAAUGCAUAGCCCAACUGCCACAGACUUGCACUUUAACCACAGUUAAGGCUCCUCCCCCUGCCCCCCCCCCCCCCCCCGCCCAACCCCCUUAACCCACGGUUUACAAUUUUUGGAUCCAAUCUUUACUUAAACCUAGACAACCUGGUGACCACACCUACCUUUUAGGAGGAUACCUUACGUCCUCUUGACUGUUAUCAUGACGUGUGACAAAAUCAACCUUGGAUCUUGCAGAAUGCAGUUUGCUGUUCAUAUAGCCUAUGCCUUUUAAGUGAUGGACCUGAAUCUUUUGUUUGAUGUUUCCACACAUUUCUAGCGACCAAUGUUACAAGAAGAUACGGGAGGGGUGUGACGGAUGUACAUACAUUUCUUUUUUCUUUUUGGUUUGGGGAGGUUUAACGGAGGGAGAGAAUGAGAGAAGGAGUGUGUGAGAGAGAGAGAGAGAGAGAGAGAGAGAGAGAGAGAGAGAGAGAGAGAGAGAGAGAGAGAGAGAGAGAGAGAGAAAGAGAGAGAGAGAGAGAGAGAGAGAGAGAGAGAGAGAGAGAGAGAGAGAGAGAGAGAGAAAGAGAGUGAUCUUCAAGCUCUAUGCAGCAACAAACGUUGCAUGAUCUAGCUAUUAUCUAACAACAGGAACCCUUCAUUCGAGAUAACAUAUCAAGUCAAUAAUACAUAGAAUCCAACACAAUCCUAUACAACUGCAACUCUACCCUCAACUACUCUGUCUCUCUGUCUCCGUCUCUCUCUCUUUCUGUCUCUCUUUCUCUCUCUUUCUCUGCCUCCCUCUGUCUCUCUCUCUCUGUAUCUCUCUGUGUCUCUCUCUCGCUUUUUCUCUCUCUCUCUCUCUCUCUCUCUCUCUCUCUCUCUCUCUCUCUCUCUCUCUCUCUCUCUCUCUCUCUCUCUCUCUCCCUGUCUCUCUCAUUCUCUCUGAGGCCUGUCUGGAGGAGGUCAGGUUGUGUGUAUGGAUUGGGAAGCAGAGUCUCUGAUGUCAAAAAGAGGACCUGAUUUUCUUCCUUAACCACAUUGCCCUCUGGUCAGUUUUAUCAUUUCAAUUUAAAAAGUGGAACAUGCAGUUUUUUUCUCCCAAUUUCCAUGGACCUUGGACACCCUUUACUGAGAUUUUGUAUGUAUAGAAAAAAGAGGUAGACAUUUUGGCAGAAAAUCUCCAUCAUGUUUGAUCUUAGUGAAUUGUGUAAAGUUAAUUUGCUCUUGUAUUAUUAGUUUCUUUGGUUUAAUCGCUAUUUAUUGAUAAAUGUUUUACUGAAGUCAAACAUGUGACUCCCUGUUUUGGAAGUCACUGUGUCUGCGUGGGGUGAAACAGAAGGAGAGAUUGUGGGUGAGGUUCGGCUGGAUGUUGUUUGUCAAAUAAGUGUUAAAGUCUCUAUUGAUUUCCUAAUGAAUCUUUUUUUUGUUUUUUUUGGCAAGAGAUUGAUAAAGACAAUUCAAAAAUAGGGCGGUCGAUAUGAUAUUAAAACUAUCAGAACUUUGAUUACUGUUGUUGCUGUUGUUGCUGUUUAUAUAAUUAAUGAUUAUGAUUGAAGUGCUGGAUGCUAAGCUUUAUCGUGUGUUCUUUUUGAUAUUUUCUAUCUUGUAUAAGAAUAAAGAGCUUUUAUACUUUGCCUUGUUGUGGACAGCAAGCCAUAGGGCUUUUAUCAACCUUUUAUUGUGCCAGUUUGACGCUUUUUCAGUCGUAAUUGCAUAUUUUCUACCGAGGGAAAUAAUUUGAAUUUUCAAAGGUAUCUGUUCGAUAUUGAUUAUCAUACAUUGAGAAACGCGCUUUUGCAUCGAAGAUGUACUCUAAUUGAUCAACAUCAAACCAAAAACAAUCAAGUACCUUGUAUACAUGAAGUGCUUUUGUUUCAGUGUGUGCUUAUCUGCGCGUGUGAGCGUGUAUGUUUGUGCGUGUAUGUGUGUAUGUGUGUGCAGGUAAUUUUUUGAAUUAAUUAUUGUGGUUAAUAGCUUUUUGUCAUUUGUUUUGAGGUUUUAAUUUGAAAUAUGUCACCAUUUGUAACAGUUUAUAAAGUGCACGUUAUUGUAUUACUGUGUGUGUUAUGAAGCGCUGCGGUUGAACAGACCUGCUAUUUUAUGAAGACUACAUCCUAAAAACCUAAAAUGCGAUUUCACAGACCCUAGAUGUUUCAUCAUUGCGUAACACCUCAAAUGGAACAAAUUCAGGAAGCACUGACUGAAGGCGUAGAAAUACAGCACUCAGAUAACACGCCCAUCACUGGAUCGACAUGCUCUGGGUCCUAGUGUUGCAUACACUUCGAGUUCUGGCACAUGGACAUUCAGGGGCCAUGUGAUGCAUCCGUGGUCCCUCAGUGGAACCGUGUGUGUGUUGUGAACACGUUAGUGGCCACCAGGCCACUCUCACAGUCACUGUCACAACGAGACACUUUGUUCUUCUUGCCUGACGACAGCCCUUAUUCAAGUGUUUUUUUAUGUCGGUUAUUUAUUGUGGUGACGCUUGGCCCAUUGACAGAAUACUGCUAGUUUUAUAGGGAAGAAGCCAACCAAUGGGUAGGAUGUUUUUUUCUGAAUGUUUGACAGUAAGAUUUGGGAUCCGAGAGUCCGUGACCAAUCCCGCGUCCCGUGGUGCUGUGUGUUCAUGUAACCCGCCCCCACCUCGCCCCCCCCCCACCCACCCAACACCACCACCACCACCCCAUCCCGAACCCCCUGUGUCAUCCUCCUCACUGCCUUUACUGUACGUCCUCUUCCUCAUGCUGGGUUGUAACUUCAGGAAAAUGUUCACCAUCAACCCCCCCCCCCCCCUCCUUCUCCCUGGCCCCCUCCCUUCCUCCCCAAACAAUAUGUGCCUCAAUGACAUCUCACCUACAUCUGGUCUGUGUGUGAGAACGAGAGUGAGAGAGAGAUAGAGAGAGAGGGUGUGUGUGUGUGUGUUUGUGCUUGUGUGCGUCCAUAUAUAAAUUAAUAUUUGGUUAUCGAUGGAUGGAAAGAAGAGAUUAUUGGGAUGAAACGAUGAAUCCGAUCAAAGAUGCAAACUUCUGGAGGAAAGACUGUUGUUGUUGUUGUUGUUGUUGUUGUUGUUGUUGUUAUUGUAGAGAGAGAGAGAGAGAGAGAGAAAAAUAGAAAAAAAUAAGGGACCGGCUCGUUUUUUUGAUUUAGUUUCUUCCUAUCUGGUGUGUUGAUGACACUCUGUGCCCUUUAUUCUGUGCUCUUAACUGCAUGCCUGUGUUCAUUUCGUCAUACCAAAGCGCAAUUUUUUCAGUCAUCCGCAGACAACUGCAACUAUAUUAUUCCACACAAUGCCAAACUGGAACUGUUUGCUUUUUUUUAAAUCUCUGCAGACUAUGGGUAUUAAAUAGACAUUGUGUAAUUUUUUUUGCAAUCCCUGAUUUAGCCUUUAUCGCUUACCACGUGCAAAUCAUGAAGCCAUAGAUAUGGGUAUAUCUAUAUUAUACUAUAUUUCAAAUCUGAUCUUUUUUCGUUUGUUACUUCAGAUUAUCUUCUUCUUUUAAGAGUGAUGUGUGUAUACCUUCAUAUAUAUGAAUUUAUAUUACUAUUAUAUAUUAUUUAUUUUCUUGGGUUUGGCGGUGUGUCUUUUAUUUGUAAAGGGUCACAUUCGCAGCCCAAGGUAUUUUUUUUGGUUUGGAAUAAUAUUGUUCAAUAUUGACACUGAAUUUAUAUCGAUAAUGAACAUUAACCUGUGUUUGUAACAAAAUGUGUUAAAUAAUUACAAAAAAACUACAAAAAACACUGUCCCAUUUUUACACUUGUUUUGUUUUUUUGGGCAGAAUAAUUGCUCCAUGUGCAAAUAUUUUUUUGGGUUGCAAAUACUAACCACUUAAAAAAAUUAUUUCUACGGUCAACCACAAGCCUUCUGUUGUCGGUGUUGGCUUGGACCCUCAGAGGUCUCUCAAGCCUGUUUUGAACUUCAUGUGUGGUGGACAAGUUAGCUUGACUUUUAUUUGCAAAAAACCAAUCAGUCUCAAUAAAUUUUGAAAUUGCUGCUGUAAAGAAGUUA